CGUACAAAGUACCUCUGCCCGCGCACGCAUCGCCGGUGGCUGCAGCUCCGAGACAACCGCAUCGUGCCCCCCCGCCGCCAGCGACUGUGACCACUGCCGCCGCCCGAGGCAGACAAGAAACAGAAACGGGAACAAAAACAGAAACAGAAACAGAAACAGAAACAGGGGACAGUGGCAGCUCAAGACACGUUCGACGCGCUCGGGCCCCAGCAUCCAACCUUUUUAUCCCAUCGUCGUCACCGCCCGACGACGACCCCGUGCCGGCGGCCACAUCUCGUCAGCAAUACCAUCCUCCUCCUGCUUCUUCUCCGCCGCCUUGCCUGGCGCGUUCUGUUUCUCUUCUUUGUCCUCCUUUCGUUUAGUCACUGCGCGCUGCCGCUUGGUUUACGGCCGGACACCAGCGCUGCGCUAUUGUUACAGCAUAUUACAGCACAGCACAGGUUCCGAGCUCCGCUUCUUGCCCUGCCCGGCAUUAUUUGUUAUUACUACUAGUUAUCACGCCUCCUCUCAAUUAUCUGCUCCUGCUCCCCAGUCAGCAGCCUCCACCGCCACAACCACUACCCCCCGGUCGUUCAGGCCUUCCGUUGCCCCCCGCCCCUGCCAAUGUCCAGCGGCUGUCCAAUGGUCCCGCGCGGUUCCUGAGACGCGCAGCACGCUUUACCCUCCUCGCCCAUCGUCCCCCUGGCGGGCGCCCACCCAUAGAGCCGGUGCCCCUGGAUACGACGAGAUUGGGGAUGAGAAGCCGUUGCGAUUGAUGACAGACAGGCACCACCAGCAAGCAGUGCCUACCAAGGGUCGGUAGGAUUGCCUGCCUGUCUGCCGGUCUAACAGUCGCGCCCGUCAGCAGAACACCCAACCAACCAUCCAUCACGCCCCGGCUCGCCGCUGUUCAUCCGCCGCCUCCUUUCCCUGAGCCUUCCCUCAUGACGGGUCUGCUCCUGCGAAUCUGCGCCGUCGACCAUUGCUGCUCCCUCGUCGCCCAUGACUAUCGCCACCUGACGCAGGCCCAUCACCGAGCGCUCGUCGCCAGAGCUGCCCGACUGCGGCGCCGCAGAGCCACCCGGGCUCCAUCCACUCCUUUGACCCAGAAGCGCACCACCACCACCAGCCAUCUCCCGGUCCACCAUCGCGCCGGGAGCACCAUUCACUCGCUACAACACUCGUUACACUCGUUCGACAAAGUUUUGCCGCACAGGGCGCGCCCGAGCAUGGUCGCGCAACACGAGAUUCGUCGUCGGUCCUCAGCCGCCGACAGGACCUCCCCCGUGCGCGAAUCAGCCAUGACCCCUGAGGCUACUGGCGCUACCUCGUCCAUCUUCUCUCCGCCAUCUGACCGGGCACGCGCCCACUCGCGCACCCAGGCCCAAGACAUCGACUUCGCCCGGGCGGAGAACGCCACUAGAAGACUACAAGGAAGCACCGACAACGACGCGGACAUGAUGCCGCCGCCCCCCAUACCCGGCGACGCUGGCGCCGCGGGGCGUCUGUCGCGAUCCAACUCGGCGGCAUCCCGCAUCACGAACCGCCUCUCCCUGACGCUGCCCAUUGCUCUCCCCUCGAGCGAUCCGUCACGACCGAUCCUCAGAUCCGCCGCCGGCCCCCCCGCCAUGCCUCCGACCCCGGUCGAGCAAUCCAUCAUCGCCUCACCUUCCGACGCCAAUGGGUUCAUAAUAGCAAUCGCGGCUCAGGAGCGUCGGGUGCUGGAGCUGCGGGAGGAAUUGGCUCGGGCAGAAGCGGAUCUGUUGACGCUCAAGAAGCAGUGGACCGCCACAGGGUCUUAUCACAACAGGUCGGUGGGCCACGACCACCACCCAGACACACCGCAGCAGGGCACGCCUGGCGCCGCGCUAGACGACGAGAACGCCGCGUCGCGACGGAGCGUGGACUUGGACCGCAGAAAGAUGCUACUCCAGAACCAAGGCCAGAAUACCCCGACGCAGAAUCGCAGGCGUGUCAUUCGGGGCGGGCACACGCGCACUCUGUCUCUGCUCUCGCCGGCCAAGCUACCAUCGGGGUUCUCCGUGCUCGAGGAUGGUGGUGCGGAGGGUCCCAAGGUGCCGCUGUCAGCUCGGACAGCAGCCAAUUCUCCCAGUCCUGCGCUCUCGAAGCGGGCAUCGUGGCAGCCCCGAUCGGGCCACGACUCUCCGAUGAUGCCGUGGCUUGUCGAGGACUUCAAGCUGGGCUUGAGAGCCUUUGUGGAAGACAUACGCCAGAUUACCGUCGGAGACGAGCCCAUCACGGGCCACGCCAGCCAGACCACGCCGCCGACGCAGAACGGGUCAGCGGCCAGCAAGCGGUCGUCAGCCAGCCUGGAAAGGAAAGCGUCGAUUCAGUCGUCGCGCUCACGGAGCAGUCUGGGCCUGGGUCUGGACGCACCGAUUUCCGGCACAUCAACGCCCACCCCGAGCAGCAGACAGGCUCCUGCGGCAGCGGUGGAAAAGCCCAAGCCGAUGAGGAACAAGCGGUUCUCGUGGACGCCGCUGGGAUUCGACGCCGUCGACGAUAGCGACUGGGCCAACUGGGACUCCCCGGGCCCGUCCAAGUCGCCGCGGUGGAGUGGGUCGACGAUGAACAGCACGGGGCUCGAAGAGAUAAUGUCGAUCCCCGAGGCGGGCGAGGAGAAGUCGACGCCGGUGUACGUGUUGUGGCACGAGUGGGACAAGAAAGUACCUUGGCUAAUCUAUCGGCGCGCAGGAAGAACAGGACGAUAACGGGAGAGGCGCCACUGCUGUCGCCGCAGAAGCUCGAGGAGAUUCUGCCCAGCGUGGUGAAUAGGCUGUCACCGAGCAACCUCAAACGUACGGCCAACAAUCUGAUGGACGAGUGGGAGAAGUCGCUCGUGUCGCCCACGGCGGUUGACAAAGAGAAUGAGGCGUGAGGCGCGCGCGCGCCAUGCGGUGACUAUUGCAGAGACGCGGCCACGUUGGCUGAAGCUGGACCGGCGAGCACCACAGCCGCCACGGAGCCCGCCGCGUUGGAUUCGAGAUCGAGAAAUUACAUGGAUGUACAGAUAUGACUGAUGAUGAAUAUAUGUGGCAUGACUGC